CGUCCUCAGCCACCGUAGGCUACGUCAGAGGUAAAUAGUCUCUGCUCGCCUGCAGCUAGCUGCCUGAGAAGACAACAUGGCUUUUACACUCUAUUCUCUCAUUCAAGCAGCAAUCUUGUGCGUCAAUGCGGUCGCUGUACUGCACGAAGAAAGGUUUCUGAGUAAAAUUGGCUGGGGAGUGGACCAGAGUGUCGGAGGUUUUGGUGAUGAACCAGGCAUCAAAGUUCAGAUUAUGAACCUUAUCCGCUCUGUGAGGACAGUGAUGAGAGUGCCAUUAAUCGCAGUGAAUGCAGUCUGCAUAGUGCUACUGCUGCUAUUUGGAUGAGGAAGAGUGAGUGAAGAUGGGACAAAGCAGUCUACUGUCUAAAGGAGAACGUCUCCAUCACCUCAGGAACCCUGCUGCAGAAACAUUUGAUCUCUGUGAUUCACAAAACAUCUCCUUUCAACCUGAGUUUGAAUGUUAUCAUUUAAUAUUGAACAUCAACGCAUGGGAUAUUUGUUCAGGCCUCUUUGUAAACAGUAAUUUAAAAAUAAGUCAAUGGAGCUAUUCAGGAUGGUUACUAAUACAAUAAAAUGCCUAUAGCUAACACUUCAUUUGCCUUUGAUUAAAAUGUUUAUAUAAAAAAAAAACAA